AGAUUCAGAGUGGAUUACGUAAUCCCACACCUCGCCUCACCUCAGGCACAGACAUUAAUAAAAGAGCUUGCAUUUUUACUUGAUGCCAGCCAUGAUCGUCCACUACUUAUUUGAUUACAUUAAUUUCACAAGCUGCCUAGUAAUUAUUUUCCUUUUUCUGUUGCUCAUUGAUGUCAUCAGGAAUAAAAAUCCACCCCGUUUUCCCCCAGGACCUCGUCCUUUGCCCUUUGUGGGAAAUGUCUUCACUGGGCUGGACUUCAGAACCAUAAACAAGCUCGCUGAGGAGUAUGGGGAGAUUUUCAGCCUGAGAUGGGGCAGUGACAAAGUAGUGUUCAUCUCUGGAUACAAAAUGGUGAAGGAGGCCCUCAUCACUCAGCUGGACAGCUUUGCUGACCGUCCUGCUGUUCCCAUGUUUGAGAAAAUCUUUCAGGGACUUGGUCUAAUUGCGAGUAAUGGGCACAUGUGGAAGAUGCAGAGAAAGUUUGCCAGCUCAUACCUGCGCUACUCCAGUGACAGGCAGAAGCCCUUUGAGCUCAGCAUCCAGCAGGAAAGUAUCUUUCUGUGCGAUGCUUUCAAAGAUGAACGAGGGCCGUUUGAUCCCCAGUUACUCCUGAGCAAUGCUGUCGCAAACAUCAUCUCCUCUGUAGUUUUUGGGCAUCGCUUUGACUACCAUGAUGGACACUUCCAAAAUAUUCUGCGCUUGGACACUGAAGCCAUUGCCUUGUCAGGCACCACCCAGACUCGGUUGUAUGACGUCUUACCUUGUCUCUUUGAUCACAUCCCUGGCCCUCACCAAAAAAUGUUUGCCAACUAUAAGAUCAUCUUAGCCUUCUUAAAUGAUGAAAUCAAAAAGCACAAGGAGAGCUUGGACCCCUCAGACCCACGGGACUACAUAGACGCUUACCUAGUGGAAAUAGAGAAGAGAAAGAGUGACCCUGAAGCUGGCUUUAACAUGACGACAUUACUACUGGCUACACUGGACAUGUUUGAGGCAGGGACUGAAACCACAGCUACAACAAUUCAGUGGGGUCUGCUCUUCAUGAUGAAAUACCCAGAGAUACAGAAAAAGGUGCAGGCAGAGAUAGACAGAGUGAUUGGACAGUCACGUCAACCUGUCUUGGCUGACAGACCCAACAUGCCGUACACUGAUGCAGUCAUUCAUGAGACCCAGAGGAUGGGCAAUGUUGUACCUCUGGGUGCCCCUAAAAGCCCCAGUAAAGAUACAACACUUGGAGGAUACUUCAUACCAAAGGGCACUGUAGUGACGACAAACCUGUCAUCUGUGCUUUAUGAUAAAAAUGAGUGGGAAACACCAGACACCUUUAACCCAGGACACUUUCUUGAUGAACAAGGCCAAUUCCGCAAGAGAGACGCCUUUCUGCCCUUUUCAGCAGGUAAGAGGGUGUGUCUCGGGGAGCAGUUGGCUCGUAUGGAGCUCUUCUUGUUCCUCACCUCUCUGCUACAACGCUUCACAUUCUCCCCUGGCCCGGGAGAGGAGCUGAGCCUGGAGGGCCAGCUGGGUUUCACUUAUGCCCCCAGCCCCUAUCGAAUGUGUGUGACCCCACGCUGAGCUCCAAACUCCAAAGUCUGGAGGAGGAUUAGGUUGUACCUGUUUGGAAAAUUAGAGGAGAGAAGAGUUAAACCAAACCAUAGUGAAAUGCCAAUUAAAUAAGAAUGAAGAAUGUAAAUUUGGUAACAUUUCUACAGCAGAAACCACAAAGACAAACUGACUUUGAUUUUUUUAUAUAAAUAUGUAUGACUUUUGUCAUGAUCACAUUCUCACAAGCAUUAAAAGCUAUUUCCAAUGUUCUCUAGUUAGAAUAAUAAUAGUUUUAUAGCAUCAUAAUGGAUGAUUUUUAUUUAUUAUUUCUGAGGUCACACUGGCCAGUUUGUUCCGCAGUGAUGCCUCCCGGCCUCAUUGGCCAUUUUGUUCUACACAAUAUAUACUCUAUGUAGGGUGAAUUGUCCUAAUGUGGGACACCUAAGCUUUAUUUGGUGUAGGUCUUCCUCAAACAAGUGGAAGUCAAUAAAACUAUGGGUUAACACAAGUUGUGAUGUCAUGUGACCAAACUCACAUCACAUCGUAAUUGUCCAAUCAAAGAUUGAAGAGGAGCAGUCAACAUACAGGAAACACUCCAUUUGAAGACCAACCAAAAGUCAGUGACGUAGUGUCUAGGCAACAUAAAUGUUAAGGGUGUAAAUUUCCUAUAAAUAAAACAAUCCUACUAGUUUUUUA